AUAGCGUUGAUUAGUAGGUGUGCAAGUUAGGUGUCUAAUUAUCGAAAUCCAAGUGAUUGGUUAGCUACGAUCGGGGAUUUUACUUAAACGGAAUGAGGGAUGAGGGAUGAAAUAUGAAGACAGGGAUAAUAGUCCAAGUGAGCAAGGAGGAAAAUGGGAAGACAAAGGCACAGAGAAGGGAAAGAAAAAGAAAAAGAAAAAACAAAAACAAAACAAAAACAAAAACAAAAAAAGAGAGUGGGGGAAGAAAGAGAGGUUGUGGGAAAAAAAAAAGAGAGAGAAAAAAACAAAAGUUAUACCAGCUCGUUCACGUGCUACUCAGACCCUAUUCUUAUUUAAUUAGACAUACAGGCCGCAUGACACUGCCGGUAUUACAGUUACCAUCCCGGAGGCGGCAUCGGGAGUCCGCUGGUCUUCGGGAUUGAAUUUCUCAAGCAUCAUCACUGCCUUCAAUGCUAUAUUUUAUCUCUUUGCUCGAGCUUCCCAAUGUGCGCACGAUACAAGGAACACUUUCUAGACUGCCAG